CUCAAACUACACACCUUAGUUUACGAAAAUAGUGAAUGGUCCUUGUUCGCGGAUGAUGUCGGACAAAACUUGAACCGUGGCUAGGUUACCCAAGUCUCUACAAUUCCAACUAACAACACUCAUGAUGACAAAAACCAAGGAAAUUAAUGUACACUUUUCUAAAAUAAGGCUAAUUUCUAAAAAAGUGACCACUUUUACAUUUAGACAAAAAUGAGAUUAAUGUACAGUGACAUUUUCAUAAUGACAUUCCGGCAUCUAAUUUCCACAGUGACAUCUCCAUUGUCAUCGGUCAUAGUGACGCAUUUGCAGUGACAUCUCCGCCGUCUCCAGCCAUAGUGACACCGCUGCCGUUCAUAGUGACACCACCGCCGGCCACAGUGACAUAACCAUAGUGACACCACCAGAGGCAUUGCUGCCGCCGCAACAUUCCGGCCGCUGCCAUAUGGACAACCAGGCAUACUGCUGCCGCCCCUGGCCCCCAAAUCAGUCCCUAGACCGCAGCCCCCCAUCCCAACCUCCUGACCCGCCCCCAAUCACCCCCCCCCCCCCUUCCCCAGCUCCAGUUCCGUCCAACCUAGGCCCCGAACCACCGUACCCCUCCCCGACCCAGAUCUAUACCAGAUCUGCACAGCCCCGACCCCGAUCCACCAUACCCCCCCCCCCUCCAGCCUCAUACCCUAGCCUUCAUCCGUUGCUUCUUGUGGUCGCCGUCGUCUUCGCUGCGGUAGCCGCCGACUUUGCUGGUGGUAGACGCUGAAGGAGACAGCCAGAGAUGAGGAGUCCGUCGCUGGUGCAGGGGUUGAAGAUGAAAGCCAUGGAGUGCCAGAUCUGAAUUUUGUCUUCGUGGUAGUAGCGAAUGAGUUCAGAUUCGAAUUCUAAGAUGUUUGCAGCCUUGCAGGGAAAGGGAAAGUCAUGGGCUGGGAGAAAUUCAGCACAGGGGAGACGGAAAGACUUGGGCUCCGAAAGGGAAAUCGUUUAAGAUUUG